UUGGAUGUGUGUAAAAAUGAAAGUGGACAAAUAUGGGUAAGGAGGGAGUAUAUACCAUCGGACACUCCAAUGCUCUCAUUAAAUUCAAUACAGAGAAGAGAACAGGGCUGCUCCUCCCUCGCCGCCACAUCUCCUCCUCUUCUCUCCGCCGUCUGCGGCAGCCCUCCUGAAUCGGACCGAAGAUGCUUUCGAUUCGGUUUGCUAUCAGGCGGCCAUUGCCGUCUUCUCUGGACGUGCUGCACCCGCACGCGGUCAAUUAUUGCUCCGUCUCCGCCGCCUCCUCAGCUAGCUCCUCUUCCGCCGCUGCGGCGGAAGCAGAUAGAUGCAUCAGGGAAGGCCCCAGGAACGACUGGACCAGGCCUCAAAUCAAGUCCAUUUACGACUCUCCGCUUCUCGAUCUCCUCUUCCAUGGCGCUCAAGUUCAUAGGCAUGCCCACAACUUUCGGGAGGUGCAGCAGUGCACUCUGCUGUCUAUAAAGACUGGAGGUUGCAGCGAAGACUGCUCUUACUGCCCUCAAUCUUCCAGGUACAGCACAGGCGUGAAAGCUGAGAAACUUAUGGGCAAGGACUCCGUCCUGGAUGCAGCACAGAAGGCAAAAGAGGCUGGUAGCACUCGUUUUUGUAUGGGUGCUGCUUGGAGGGAUACCAUAGGGAGGAAGACCAACUUCAACCAGAUCCUUGACUAUGUGAAACAAAUCAGGAGCAUGGGAAUGGAGGUAUGCUGCACCUUAGGAAUGCUGGAGAAGCAACAAGCUUUGGAGCUCAAGGAGGCUGGUCUCACGGCAUAUAAUCAUAAUCUUGACACUUCUAGAGAGUAUUACCCAAACGUUAUAACCACAAGAACUUAUGAUGACCGGCUAGAAACUCUAAAGAAUGUUCGUGAAGCUGGAAUAAGUGUCUGCUCAGGUGGCAUUAUAGGUCUUGGAGAGGCUGAUGAUGACCGAAUUGGUUUAUUGCAUACAUUGGCAACACUUCCCACACACCCUGAGAGUGUACCCAUUAAUGCACUAGUUGCAGUAAAAGGAACACCACUUGAAGACCAGAAGCCUGUGGAGAUAUGGGAUAUGAUUAGGAUGAUUGCAACUGCCCGCAUUAUAAUGCCAAAAGCAAUGGUCAGGCUUUCAGCUGGCAGAGUUCGGUUCUCUAUGCCCGAACAAACUCUGUGUUUUCUUGCGGGCGCAAAUUCAAUCUUCACCGGAGAGAAAUUGCUGACGACCCCCAACAACGAUUAUGAUGCUGACCAACUCAUGUUUAAGAUGCUUGGGCUGAUUCCAAAACCUCCUGUAUUUUCGGCAAAGGAUUCUGAUGCAGAAAACAUUGAAGAAGAUGCACUUUCGAGUUCAGGUUGAAAUUACUGCAGGCACAUGUAAGGAUUAUUCUUUGAAAAAAAAUCAAUAAUGUUGAAUCUGCAUUGAAUCCAUUGAUGCAUAUUGUUUUUCUAAAUCUAAAUAUCUUGUACAAGUAAUAUUUUUACAGUAAGAAUCGUUUUUAGUCAUGGAGUAGAUUUGUCUCACUCAUAUAGUGGCUUACAACAUUA